AUGUCGAUGGAGUCUGUGGAUUUGGUGUACAAGGACAGAGUGCAGAACUUUUGGGAGCAAAUCAAAGAUUUCAAGACUCACCCCGCUAUGCUGAAGAGAACAUUGCUGGGCUGUAUUUGUUGGUUCAUGUGCGGAGCACUAUUUUACGGGUUUUCCUUUGGGUGGAGCAAAAUUGGCUCCAAUAUUUACACGGCGUACUGUUUUGCGGCUAUUGGGAACACCAUCGCGUUUGCUGUACUGACACCAACGUGCAAUCUGAUUGGUAGAAGGAAAUCAGGCCUUGUUUUCUUCGGGAUCGUAGUUCUCGCAAAUCUGUUGGCGAUGCCAGAUGUCAAUGUUUCUGCUAAAUGGACCCUGAACUACGUUGCCAGUCUGAUCGGCAGUAUUUCAGUCCUCGCUGCCUUUAUCUUGAUGUAUCUCUUCACCAGCGAGCUAGCCCCCACCUCACAUCGCGGCAUGAUAAUGUCCCUCAGCUCCAGUUGUGCCCGGUUAGGUAGUUUCGCUGGGCCUUAUAUUAGUUUACUUUACAAGGUAACGGAUAGGAGAGUGACUGCUGGGGUAUUUGGUGGAAUGGCCCUUAUCGGCGUGGCUGUGGUCUUCUUCCUGCCGGACACUACUGGGGUGAGGAUACCGGAGGUGCCGGGUGAUCUGACAUCUGGGACGGAGUACCAGAAGGUCGAGAACGGGACACAAGUUCCAAACCAUGACGAGGAAGCUUGAGAGAGCUGAACAGAUCGCUAGUGAUAUAACACGUGAUAUAACGCGUGAUGUAACAAGU